AUGAUGGCGCCCGGCGCGCACAAGCCAGGCCACCACCGGCAGCUCACAGCGCAGCAGCAGCUGCCGGGCGGGCAGCAGCCGCACGGCUGCGACGUGGUGUCGCGCCUCCUCGCGCCGUUCGCCGUGCUGCUCCUCCUCGCCGCCCUCCUCGCCUACCUCGCCCUCUCCCACGCGCAGCCCCCCCCGCCCGCGCUGCUCCUCGCCUCCACCAGCCGCCCGCCGCCCGCCGUGUCGCGGCGGGACGAGGAGGCGGGCGGCACGAUGCGGUUCGACGGGGCGGCGAGGGUGGUGCGGCUGGCCGUGGGUGUGAGGGAGGGAGGCGGGGGUGGGGGCGACGGGAAAGGGGCGGAUGCGAGGCAGGACGCGCGCGGGUGGAUGAUUGACCCGCUUGCUGCAGCGGUGGCCGCUGGGCUGAAAGGGGGUGCCACAUCAUGCCUCAUGACGCAUGUCGGGGAGGUGCUACCUGAGAAGAUUCGUGGAAACCACCGGCACCACGACUACAACGAGACGCUGGUGCUGUGGGGGGCGAGAAUGAGAGUGCGGAACGAGAACCGUGACGUGGCAAAGGGCUUCGCUGAGGUCAUUUUGACAGCGGAUGACGUGGCAGUGAUGGCGUGUCCAGCCAUGAGCGCGCAUGCAGUGGUGAACAUCGACACCUCUCGCUCGGCGUACCUCAUGGCGUGCCAGGAUGGCCUGCAUGACCCCAACGACCCUCGCUCUGACUAUGCUGUCUGGUCCGACCUUGUGUGA